AUGUUACUUGGAGACUUUAAUAUUCAUGUGUGCUGUCCGGGAAAGCCACUUGUUUCGGAGUUUAAUGACCUGGUGAAUUCUUUUGGCUUAAAUCAGUUUGUUAGUGGGGCCACUCAGGAAAGUGGUCAUACAUUGGAUCUUGUACUAUCACUUGGGUUCAAUGUGACAAAUUUGAUUAUUCAAGAUGCUGUGUUUUCGGAUCAUAAGCCUAUUUUAUUUGGUGUUAUACUGCCUACAAAUGCUAUUAAAUCUGUUGCACCAGUAAGGCUUUGUCGUUUUUUUAGUCAAGAUACCUCAGUGAAGUUUUCAUCUUUAUUUAGUGAGGUGUUGACUUGUUUUCCAGAAUAUUCUUCAUCUGACGGUCUGUUAAAUUAUUUUAAUAAGACUUGUAAAGAUAUUCUGGAUAUUGUUGCACCAUUACGCAUGAAGAGGAAAAGUUCAGUGAUAAACUGGUGGUCAACGGACGCUACUAGAGCUGCAAGGAGGGAAUGCAGGAGAUGUGAAAGGAAAUGGAAAAAGAGCAAACUUCAUGUGUUCCUAAUUGCCUUUCGGGAAAGUUGGAAGGUUUAUCAGGAUGCUGUAUUAUCUGCAAAGAGGACAUAUUAUUCUAAUCUUGUUAAUGUCAAUUCUCAUAACCCGCGGGUUUUGUAUGGUGUAAUUGAUUCUGUUCUUAAUGCACAAGAUUAUUUUCCAGUUAAGGCUUCAACUACAGUGUGUAAUGAGUUUUUAAAAUUUUUUCUGGACAAGGUUUUGAGGUUGAGAUUAGUUGUAUCUGUAUGUUCUCUGCCGGAUAUUUCUUUGUCCGUUUCAGAGAAGUUGUGUGUCUUUCAGCCAAUAACUUUGGCUGAUUUAACCAAAUUAAUGUCUGAAGUUAAGCUUAGUGGUUCUCCUGAGGAUAUUUUACCUCCUAGAGUUUUGAAGGAUGUGUUUCCAACAGUAGCUUCGGUUUUGUUGGAAAUAAUUAAUACCAGUUUGGUUUCCGGGGUUGUGCCUGCUGACUUUAAAAGAGCAAUCAUUCAUCCACUAUUAAAAAAACCUGGGCUUGAUGCAUCUGUAUUGUCUAAUUUUAGGCCAAUCUCUAAGCUUCCUUUUUUAAGUAAAGUGAUGGAGAGAUGUGUCUAUGGCCAAUUGUUAGAUUUCCUGAAUGAAAAUAAUUUUUUGGAAAAUUUUCAGUCUGGUUUUAAACCUAUGCAUAGUACUGAGACAGCUUUGCUAAAGGUUUUAAAUGAUGUUUUUCUUAUCACUGAUAGUGGAAAAUUUGUACUGCUUGUUUUAUUAGAUUUAACAGCUGCCUUUGAUACAGUAGAUCAUGAAAUAUUGUUGUAUCGACUUGAGCAUUAUGUGGGUAUUACAGGCGUGGCUUUAAAUUGGUUUCGAUCUUACCUGCUAGAUAGAAUGGUGUGUGUUCAGAUGGGUGGGUUUACAUCUGAUUUUGUUCAUCUUCCUUGGGGUGUUCCGCAGGGUUCAAUAUUGGGACCUUUAUUGUUUUCUGUGUAUAUUUUGCCUCUGGGUGAUAUAAUGCGUAAAUAUGGUAUUGAUUUUCAUUUAUAUGCUGAUGAUUGUCAAUUGUAUUUACCUUUGGAUGAGGCUGAUGGUUGCUCAAUUUCAAAGGUGUUGGAUUGUUUGUGUGAGGUUAAGCUAUGGAUGGCAGAAAAUUUUUUGAGUUUGAAUGAAGGGAAAACAGAAGUAGUACUUUUUAGUCCUAGUCGCCAUGCUGAUUUUUCUAUGGUGGACUGUGGUGUAUUAACUUCUUAUUUGAAGGAUUCUGUUGUAAAUCUGGGAGUGAAGAUGGAUAAAGAUCUUUGUUUUAGGGGACAUAUAAAUGGGGUGGCGUCAUCCUCUUUUUAUCAAUUAAGGCGCUUGGCUAAGGUAAUUCCAUUUUUGUCUAAAGGUGAUUUGGAAGUUGUUGUACAUGCAUUUAUAACCUCAUGCCUCGAUUAUUGUAAUUCUAUUUUAUUUGGAGUGAGUCAAGGUGCUUUAGCCUGUUUGCAGCUUGUUCAAAAUGCUGCUGGGAAAUUCUUGGAGGGCAAAUGAAAGUUUGACCAUUUAAUGCCUGUAUUGGCGGCAUUGCAUUGGUUACCUGUUUUUUACAGGGUUCGUUUUAAAAUUUUGUUAUUGGCCUUUAAAGCUUUAAAUGGUUUAGCGCCAGUAUAUCUGGCAGAUAUGCUCCAUGCUUAUGUUCCCAAUCGGACACUUCGGUCAGAAGAUCUGUCUCUACUUGUGGUUCCCCGGGCACAACUAAAGAUGAGGGGUGAUAGAGCUUUUUCUGUCGCAGCUCCAAAACUUUGGAAUGAGCUUCCAUUAUACAUUUGACAGUCUUCUUCUGUGACAAUUUUUAAACAAAAUCUUAAAACUUAUUUUUAUGAAUUGGCCUUUAAUGAGGUGAAAUGA